CUGCAGGCGGCGCUGUGGCCCGCCGGGCGGCCCCACGGAGCCGCCAUAGCCGCCCGCCUCCCGCGGCUUAACGUCUCCGUUGCCGGCUCCGCGUCGCCGCCAUGGCCGACGUGGAAGACGGCGAGGAACCCUGCGCCCUGUCCUCUCACUCCGGGAGCGCAGGCUCAAAGUCGGGAGGCGACAAGAUGUUCUCUCUCAAAAAGUGGAACGCGGUGGCUAUGUGGAGCUGGGACGUGGAGUGCGAUACGUGCGCCAUCUGCAGGGUCCAGGUGAUGGAUGCCUGUCUUAGAUGUCAAGCUGAAAACAAACAAGAGGAUUGUGUUGGAAGACAGCAUAUAGAGCUGUGUAGGGGCUGGGGGCCACCACAUCACCCACAGAUUCUAAACAAUGCUGGAAAGUCCCCUAAUCACAGCGCCUCAUCUCACUUCUUAAGUGUAAUUUACACAGUGGUCUGGGGAGAAUGUAAUCAUUCCUUUCACAACUGCUGCAUGUCCCUGUGGGUGAAACAGAACAAUCGCUGCCCUCUCUGCCAGCAGGAUUGGGUGGUCCAGAGAAUCGGCAAAUGAGAGUGGCGGAAGGCUUUCGUAGUGCAUUUAUUUGGAGCCCUGGUGGAUCUUGUUAUCAAGUGCCCUACAAAGGCCAGGACACUCCAAGGAACUAAUUCUUCAAGUAGGAGGAGAUGACUCUGUGGUCUUUUGGUACUCAUCAGAGGCAUGGUUCGGCAUUUUGUUAGUUUUAUUUUCAGAAAUUCUCUACUAUUAAGAAGAUAAUUUAUUAAAGAUGGUCUUUCCUACCUCUGUGGUAUGUGUCACACACACUGCUUAGAAGUGCUUUAAAGGAGGAGAGAGCUACAAAUUGAAUGACUUCAUAAUUUUCUUACUGAUAUCCAAGGGCUGUGGAAGCAGUUCCAUUCGGAAGAGAACUUGUUGCAUGCUUAUAGUCGAUCAGUUAAAAAAAAAAAAAAAAAGACAAUGUUACAGUAACAAAUAAAGUGCAGUUUAAAACCCAACUCUUAUCCUCAAUUUGUCCCUGAUAUUUAUUUUUGGCGGGAGGGGGUGAUUCAUGAACUCUUUAUUUGAUAUAAUGAAAAUUUUAAGUUUGGACCAGUGAACAGGGUAAAUAAAAUUUAACCUUUGGGCAUAUGCAAUUUCAGUUGUCUUUCAAGCUAUCAUCCUCUGUCUUGGGCUCAUCAAGAAAACCUAAAUUUACAUUCACCUCACUGCUCAGUCAUUGGAUGAUAAAGAACAGAAGUAUUUUCAAGUUCUGGUCAGAUUAUGUUGUAAUUAAACUGUGUUUUGGGUGGAAUGUUAAUGAGGAGAAAAUGUUUACCACUGUAGCAUUGGAUCAAAGAGUUUAUUUUAUUACACAAUGUUUUAAUAAAUGGUUUAUUCUGUUUAUUUAA